AUGAACGAGAUAAUUUUCGGGGAUCCGGGCCCGGGCCGCGGGAUCCGUGAGAUUUUGGUCUCGGAAAGAAUUCAGAAAGAUGAGCAACAGGUCCAGGAAGGCUUCUGAUCCGGAAAAACCCGGAAAAAAAUCCCAAGAAAAAAAGACCCGAAACCAUGAACGAGAUUUUUUUCGGGGAUCCGGGCCCGGGCCGCGGGAUCCGUGAGAUUUUGGUCUCGGAAAGAAUUCAGAAAGAUGAGCAACAGGUCCAGGAAGGCUUCUGAUCCGGAAAACCCGGAAAAAAAUCCCAAGAAAAAAAGACCCGAAACCAUGAACGAGAUUUUUUUCGGGGAUCCGGGCCCGGGCCGCGGGAUCCGUGAGAUUUUGGUCUCGGAAAGAAUUCAGAAAGAUGAGCAACAGGUCCAGGAAGGCUUCUGAUCCGGAAAAACCCGGAAAAAAAUCCCAAGAAAAAGACCCGAAACCAUGAACGAGAGAUUUUUUUUCGGGGAUCCGGGCCCGGGCCGCGGGAUCCGUGAGAUUUUUGGUCUUGGAAAGAAUUCAGAAAGAUGAGCAACAGGUCCAGGAAGGCUUCUGAUCCGGAAAAACCCGGAAAAAAAUCCCAAGAAAAAAAGACCCGAAACCAUGAACGAGAUUUUUUUCGGGGAUCCGGGCCCGGGCCGCGGGAUCCGUGAGAUUUUGGUCUCGGAAAGAAUUCAGAAAGAUGAGCAACAGGUCCAGGAAGGCUUCUGAUCCGGAAAAACCCGGAAAAAAAUCCCAAGAAAAAAAGACCCGAAACCAUGAACGAGAUAUUUUUCGGGGAUCCGGGCCCGGGCCGCGGGAUCCGUGAGAUUUUGGUCUCGGAAAGAAUUCAGAAAGAUGAGCAACAGGUCCAGGAAGGCUUCUGAUCCGGAAAACCCGGAAAAAAAUCCCAAGAAAAAAGACCCGAAACCAUGAACGAGAGAUUUUUUUCGGGGAUCCGGGCCCGGGCCGCGGGAUCCGUGAGAUUUUUGGUCUCGGAAAGAAUUCAGAAAGAUGAGCAACAGGUCCAGGAAGGCUUCUGAUCCGGAAAACCCGGAAAAAUCCCAAGAAAAAGACCCGAAACCAUGAACGAGAGAUUUUUCGGGGAUCCGGGCCCGGGCCGCGGGAUCCGUGAGAUUUUGGUCUCGGAAAGAAUUCAGAAAGAUGAGCAACAGGUCCAGGAAGGCUUCUGAUCCGGAAAAACCCGGAAAAAAAUCCCAAGAAAAAAAGACCCGAAACCAUGAACGAGAUUUUUUUCGGGGAUCCGGGCCCGGGCCGCGGGAUCCGUGAGAUUUUGGUCUCGGAAAGAAUUCAGAAAGAUGAGCAACAGGUCCAGGAAGGCUUCUGAUCCGGAAAAACCCGGAAAAAAAUCCCAAGAAAAAAAGACCCGAAACCAUGAACGAGAGAUUUUUCGGGGAUCCGGGCCCGGGCCGCGGGAUCCGUGAGAUUUUGGUCUCGGAAAGAAUUCAGAAAGAUGAGCAACAGGUCCAGGAAGGCUUCUGAUCCGGAAAACCCGGAAAAAUCCCAAGAAAAAGACCCGAAACCAUGAACGAGAGAUUUUUCGGGGAUCCGGGCCCGGGCCGCGGGAUCCGUGA